CAGUUUUCUCCCAUUCACCCACAAAAAGGCACAAACUCUGUUUUUCAUUCCAACAGAGAAAAAUGAAAAUGAAAGCUGUUGGCUAUUCCUUCUCCUUCAACAGACUAAGUAAGAAGCCAGUCGCCGGAACUGUUGCUUCUGAAGUAGCCGGAGAUCAUCACGAUGUCUUAACUCAGCCGACACCGCCGCCGCCGCAUCGGCAGUCGUCGUUACGGUGGCGAUUCAAAAAUCUGUCUUCUGGAUUGAGAUGGAAGAGUAAAAGGCUUUACAAAUUGCGAUACUGGUUCGUUGAUUGCUUCCUCUUCAAAAUCGUUUCUGUAUUUGAAGCCAUUUUUCUCGUCUCUGCUUUGGCUUUCUUCUACCUCUGCUUCGGAUGCCAUAUCUAGAUUCUUCCAUAAUUCAAAAAUCAGCCUACAUAACAGUGGAAUUCUGAAGAAAAAUUGAUAAUUAGAUUAAUUUUGUUGAGGCUUUUGUAAUGAUUAGAAAGUUUAGUAGACUAACUUAGAGAUUCUUUUGUAAUGUAAUCUUAAUCUUAAUUAAUUAAGUAUUAUUAUUCUUUACUUUAA